GCUUAAGGACUCAGAACCAAAGCAAAGAUGGGAAAAAGAAAUUCCUCAAUGGCCUCUUUGGCCAUUGCUAUUUUGGCAUCAUUUCUCUCUUUAACUUUGCCUUCCAAUGCUAAUGAGUAUCUCUACUCUUCCCCUCCUCCUCCAACUCCGGUUUACCACUACAAGUCCCCCCCUCCUCCAUCGCCUGUUUACAAGUCUCCUCCACCUCCUCCUCCCUACAAAAAACCUUAUCACCCGCCAUACCAUUACAAAUCACCACCACCACCUCCACCAGUGUACAAAUACAAGUCUCCUCCACCACCUCCACCAUACAAGAAACCGUAUCACCCACCUCAUCACCACAAGUAUCCACCACCACCUCCGCCAAUUUACAAAUAUAAGUCUCCUCCACCACCACCAUACAAAAAGCCAUACCACCCACCAACACCCAUUUACAAGUACAAAUCUCCUCCACCACCAGUCUACAAGUACAAAUCUCCUCCACCACCACCACCUUACAAGAAGCCAUACCACCCACCUACACCAAUUUAUAAGUACAAAUCUCCACCACCACCAGUCUACAAGUACAAGUCACCCCCUCCGCCACCACCUUACAAGAAGCCAUACCACCCACCAACACCCAUUUACAAAUACAAAUCUCCUCCGCCACCACCAUACAAGAAGCCAUACCACCCACCAACCCCCAUCUACAAAUACAAAUCUCCACCACCACCAUACAAGAAGCCAUACCAUCCACCAACGCCCAUUUACAAAUACAAAUCUCCACCACCACCCGUUUACAAAUAUAAAUCACCACCUCCACCACCACCCUACAAGAAGCCAUACCACCCACCCACACCAGUCUACAAGUACAAGUCUCCACCACCACCUGUCUACAAAUAUAAGUCACCACCUCCACCACCACCUUACAAGAAGCCAUACCAUCCACCUACACCCAUUUACAAGUACAAAUCUCCACCACCACCAGUUUACAAAUACAAGUCUCCUCCUCCGCCACCACCCUACAAGAAGCCGUACCAUCCACCAACACCCAUCUAUAAGUACAAAUCUCCCCCACCCCCCGUAUACAAAUACAAGUCACCUCCUCCGCCACCACCCUACAAAAAACCAUACCACCCACCGUACCACUACAAAUCCCCACCGCCCCCACCACCCGUUUACAAAUACAAGUCUCCUCCUCCACCACCACCCUAUAAAAAACCAUACCACCCACCAUACCACUAUAAGUCUCCACCACCACCCCCCAUUAGACCCUACCACCGACCCCCAACUCCGGUGAAGCCAUACCACCCACCUCCCGUCUACCAUUACAAAUCUCCGCCACCACCGCCACCAGUCUACAUCUAUGCAUCACCCCCACCUCCUCACUACUAGACACUAACCUUAACAAAGGAAGCAAAAAAUGGAGGAUGUCAGAAAAUAAAUGGCACGUUGAUAAAAGCUUUAUGAUUUGAAACAGGAAAGCCUGGAGGCUUGUUGCUGCUGCAGUUUGACAAGUGUUGAAUUUUCUCUGUUCUUUUAGGGUUUGUCAUUUUUAUUUUUAUUUUCCUUCCUUUUCAAUGUCUCUAUUUAUUAGUUGUAAUGCACUACUGUAGUAGUCACAUCUCAAACUAUAUAUUAUAACCCCUAAAAAAAAUGUCCUUUGUAUAAUCAAAUAAAAUUUAUCAGUAUUUUGUA